AUGGUGAACGAUCAAGAUAUUACCGUAGCUGUCGCCGAUAAUAAUAAUAGUAAUAAUAAUAACAAUAACGUUGGUGAUUCAGAUGAUAAUUGUAAUAAAAAUAAAAAUAAUCUAAAAAAUGAAAAUUUAUCAUCUAUAGUCUGUGUAGAUAAUUUGUCACAUGAUAAUGGCACUGCAACAAAUCACGAUUCUUCUCAAAUUCAUUAUCAUCCAAAUAAUGUCACAACAGUUGAUACAACAACGUCGACAGCUACAAAUAAAAUAACACCGACAGAUGAUAAUGAUCUAACGAGUGAUAGUACAAUUGUUCAAUCAAGUAAUAAUAAUGAAACCCAACAAAAUGGAGGAGGUCAAGAUGAUUUUAUAAGAAUAACAGGUGCUCAUCAAACAUUAAUUGAAGCACAACAACAUGAACGUGACAAAAAUUAUCCAUUAGCAUUACAUGUUUAUCGUAUAUGUGUCGAUUUAUUAUUAGAAGAAUUAAUAUUUACAGAGGGCACAGAUAAAUCAAGAAUAUUUCUAAGAGAAAAAUGUAAUGCUAUUAUGGACAAAGUUGAUGAUUUAAAAAAACUAUUAGAUCCAAUUGAAAUAGAAUUAGGACAACCAUUACCAUUAGAACAUGAAUUAGAACAACCAUUAGCAUUAGAACACGAAUUAGAACAACCAUUAGCAUUAGAACAUGAACAUACGCAUGAAAAAGAACAAGAGAUUGUUGAUCAUUUACAAACAAUGAAUUUUAAUCAAAAACAAGAAAAUGAUCAACAAUAA